AUGCCAUACCCACAAAAAAGUCUUACGUCUGGUAUGUCUGAUGAGGCCGGUUGGAGAUACUACUCUGUUGACGAAUUUUCUAGCAUGCCCAAAACUUGCAAGGAUCUUCAAGAAAACGGACAAACCAUCACAGGGGUGUAUGAUAUAUACCCCUACAGUACAUUAACCAUUCCAGCCAUUCAGAAACGCGUAGACGGAUCCAUGAUCUUUGACAGGAACUGGGCGGAUUAUAAGAAUGGUUUUGGUUCACCAGAACAGAACGUCUGGAUUGGAAAUGACGUAAUCCAUAAAUUAACGAAAGAAAACACCUCAUCCCUUUAUGUAUCCAUCACUGUCCAGAAUGGUACAACGCUCUAUGAAAUGUACGAUCGAUUCUCUGUCUCAGACGAAGCAGGAAAAUAUCAGCUCUUUCUUGCAGGCCCUGCCACGGGAACGCUAGGAGACGCUAUGUUACACACUGGUGCUCCCAAUCACUGGGAUCUGUCUGGGAUGUACUUCAGUACCCCGGACAGAGAUAACGACGGGUAUAGUGGAGGUAACUGUGCUGCUGGCAGUAACAUUAGAGGAGGCUGGUGGUUCAACGCCUGUCACCUCGCCUUCCUUAACGGUCAAUGGUCCCCGGGGUCCUGGAUCAACCCAUGGCGUCCCACAGUAACGAGUGCGACGUCAGUGAAGGGGACCACCAUGCUGAUCAGACGGAACUAG